UGUGUUUUAGCCGUAAGUAGUGAGUUUAACUGGAACCGUAGAGUAAAAGGAUGAACACGUUGUACAUGUAUGGCUUUAUUUAAGAUGUUAUUGGAAUUUACAUUGAACCGUUAACCAUCUGUCCCAUUUUGGCGAACUGAUAAGAAUAUAGUUACGUAAAGUUCUAACAGGCUUUCAAGUUUGAUCCAAUAAAAAAAACUGUAACAGUGGAAUCACAGACUGGAAGACGUAUAGAAAAAGGUUAGAAGAGUUCUUGAACAGAAAAGCCAGUUGCAGAUAUAACGAGAUGAAACUGCCAUUAUUGACAGUAAUUGUUGCCAUCAGCCAGAUAAGCGAACAAUGCUAUGGUUUUCUGCUGAAUGAAAAAUGUCUUGUACCUCCUCCGUGCUCGUGCCCUAGUCGUGGAAUAAAUACAAUAACCAUAAUUUGUGAAUACAAUGAGUUUAACUCAACACCAACCUUUGAACACGUCGGUAUACAUGCAGAAACACUCGACAUUCAACUGCAGUUUAAUAAGAUAGAAACAGUUACGGACAACGCUUUUAGGAACUUAAGUUCUGUCAGUGCUUCUACUAUAAACAUACGCCUUGAUCACAAUGCAAUUUUUAGUUUGAGUGAAAAUGCUUUUGCCGGUAUAGAAAAUUCAAUUAAGCUGUUGGAACUUGAAAACAACAAUUUAACAAGUUUGCCCUCAGUUAUUGGCAAGCUAAAAACUCUUGAGUAUCUAGACAUCAGGAGCAACCCAUUGCGAUCACUGUCCUAUUCAGUUAUGUCAAAUAUUGGACAUACCCUAAAUCUGAUAUUUUUAGACCUUAAAUUAUUUUCCAUAUGGCCAAAUGAAAUAGGAUUGCUGCAUUGCUUGCAAAGCCUCUGGAUUCAGUCUGUACCCUUCACAAAUUUAAAAACUAAUGUGUUUCACAACUUUGAAAAUUCGCUUACAGCUUUGAUUAUUGAAGAGGCUCAACUUCUUGAAACUAUUCCACUUGCUGUAUGCCAACUCUCUGUUAUACAGACUUUAAGACUGAACAAUUUCCAUGGUAUCAAACAGAACGAAUCUUCUAUUUUUCAGCACUGCACAGAGAAACGUCGAUCGCUAACGUCUCUACAACUUGUCAAUAACAAUUUGGAUAGUUUUCCAGAUGCUUUACACGUGUUUCCGUCACUGGCCUAUCUAUAUCUGAGGUCAAAUAAUCUUGAAAGUAUAGAGGUAGAACAAAUUCCUACCAAUACAUUGUUAAAAGAGCUCGAUCUCAUUCGAAAUCGUUUCCAAAGAAUUCCAGCUGCAAUGAAUGAAUUAACAAAUCUUGAAACACUAUACCUGAAAAAUAAUAAUAUUUCUGCCAUAGAAGACGCCGACUUUACAGGACUGGUUAAACUUGAAUCACUGUAUCUCGCACACAACCCAAUAACAUAUAUUUCAAAACAUGCAUUCAAAAAUAAUGCUGAACUGUCAACACUGGAUUUGUCAUACUCGCAAUUGAAAUCAAUUCCAUUUGCAAUAACCAUUCUACCUAAGUUGGUUGAUUUAGACGUACGGUACGGAGGACAGAUAUCAUGCACGUGUAAUAUGUCCUAUCUGAAAGGUUGGAAUGCUUCACGUGUACGUUACUUUGAAGGAAAAUGCGCCAACUCAACACAGAAUAUCCAAGAUUUUAUCAUGACCUCCCUAACACACUGUCCUUGAUUAUACUUUUGGAUCAUUUUGGAAGCAACUGUAAAAUAGACUGCAUGUCAAAAUGUAGACAUGCGUGGCUGCGCAUAACAAUAUCAGAAUCUUUAAAAGAAGUAGCAAAGUCUAUGAAACAUCUCAAGUGAUUAAUCAAAUUUGGUACACUUUAAUGUAAGGUAAAGUGUAAUAUUGUAAUUAUUCUUGUUUCGUAUAUGUAGAGUAUAUACGGUACCGGUACACCAGGCUGGAAUCUUAUGCAGGCUUGGUGCUGAUACGUUAAUUGUUUAUUUGUCAUUUAUGAGUAUGGUUGUAUAUUAAAAGUAUAGCAUCUACAAAGUGUUGUCUAUACAACACUAAAAUAUACAAAUGCAAAAAUUAAAACUUAAUCGGCCAAUACUGAGCCUGCUUAUCAUACAAUUUAUUAUAAACGUUUUACGUACUAUCCUACUUAAGAGGCUGAAAUGGUGAAAUAUUAACCCCUUUUGUGCGAUUUCUGUAAAUUUAUGUAACAGCUACUCGAGGUUACUCUGCACAUGUUUACGGAUUUAGAGGAAUAUGUCAAAUAAUAACAAAACGUUUUCCUUAUGAAUAUAUUCGCAUAAAAAUAUUACCAAAACCCCAAGAUAGAUAGUUCAUGAUAUUUAUUUAAUCUAUAGACAAAACUAGAAUGUGUAUGUAGGACACAGGAGGUGCGUAAUUUCAUAUCAUGAUAAAGACUCAUGCAAGGUUUCAUCCAUUUAUAUCAAAUACUUUUUGAGCUAGGCGUGUCACAAUGUGAAAAUGUGCAUUUUUGUCUAUUUCAGGGGCCAUAACUCUAAAAAUCGGGGGCGGAGCCAGACGAAAAAUAGAAGGUGGGCAAGCUCAUAUCAUGAUAAAGGCUCAUGCAAGGUUUCAUCAAUUUAUAUCAAAUACUUUUUGAGCUAAGCGUGUCACAAGGUGAAAAUUGACAUUUUUGACUAUUUCAGGGGCCAUAACUCUAAAAUUAGGGGGCAGAGCCAGACGAAAAAUAGAAGGUGCGCAAGGUCAUAUCAUGAUAAAGACUCAUGCAAGGUUUCUUCAAUUUAUAUCAAAUACUUUUUGAGCUAGGCGCCUCACGAACUUUGGACGGACGGACGGACGGACGCGCGGACGUCCACACUUUUCUUCGAGUGUCAACUCCUCUGAAAAUACAUUUAAUGCUUUCUAUGAUGGAUAUUCACCAAACAUGUUCUGCGGCAUCCAUCAUUGUUAGGUUCUAUUCCAAGCUUGUUCAAAUGGGGACACCCGUCCCCCUUUUAUGGGCUACUUGAGCUAAAUAUAGAAAUUGCUUUAAACAACAUCUUCUCGUGCACAGCUGGUACAGAUAUCCGUUAUAAAGAGACAUUCAAAAACACGAUCAGUGUGUUCAAAUUAUCUGUGUGUAUUUUUUCAACCCGAUUUUUAAGACCUAAGUACUAUAUAAUGUUUAACUGUUGUCGUCUGUCACAAUAAAGUUUCACACUCUAUCCUGCUUAAGUUAUUUAGAGCCAUCGUUGUUUACGUCGUCGUAUUGGCAUGAUUAAUAAGUUUCAUUUACAUAAACUGUUUGACUGUGCAACUGGAACAUGUUUUUAAAAAGCGAUAGUAAAAAAUCUAUAUUUCAGCCGCACUGUGAGAAAACCAACAUAGUGCAUUUGGGACCAGCAUGAU